AUGCCCGCCACGUACCGCACGGGCGUCGUGAGCAUCGCGUCCCGCGCCGGCGCCGAGCUCGGCGGCUCGACCGAUGCGGACGACUCCUUCUGGCGCGACAUCGAGUCUGACCCAGACACCGCUGUUCUGCGCACGGUGCACGCGCUCGUGCUGGAGAACGCGCAGCCGGAGCGGCGGGACGCGUGGGAGCCGCGACUGACGGAGCUCCUGACUCCGCCUCUCGUGACGCUGCGCGCGCGCGCCGCCACCUUUCGCCGCCUCAAGUCGGACCAGGACGGCGACUGCUGGAACCGCUGCGCGCGCUGGGACGCGGUGCCGCACACCUCCCUCCUCCGGGUCGAGAUCGAGGCGCUCGACUGGCUGGCCGAGUACCGCGUAAAGAUUGGAGAGGGAGUCGAGCCCGUCACGGACGAGGUGACGGCGUGCCCCAUCUGCAUGUGCGGCGUCACCGGGGAAGUGGCGAGCGAGGAGGAUGUCAAGGCGGGGCGCGCCGUCCGGAUAGCCAUGUACUGGCCCUGCUAUCACAGGGCCUGCUCGAGCUGCCUCGCUAAGGAGGCGCUCGCCUCGGCGGCACGCGCGCGUGGCCUUCCGGCUGACAAGAGGGCGAUCACGGCUAAACUUGAGAGCCCCGGAGCCGCUGCCGAGGUUGAGGCGGCUGUGCGCGCGGGCCGGCUGCGGUGCCCGCUGUGCCCUGCCAUCGUCGAGUGGCCCUGGGACGAGUCGAAGCCGUGGUUCAAGGGCGCCACAUCCAUGCCCCCCGCAGACUAG